UCCUUGCUUCACAUUCCUGCAAAGCAUUUUAUAUAUAUAUACAAGAGAGCAAAAUGGCUGAAAACAACCAACAAUGGCCGGACCUCCCAUGGAAUGCUAAGCUCUUCUUAUUUUUUCUUUCCUUCGCCUUUAAUAUCAGCCGUCGUUCUGAUGGCACCGUCAACCGUUUUCUUAUGAGCUUCUUCGACCUUAGAACCUCUCCCUCCAAGAAACCAAUCAAUGGUGGUGUAAAAACCAGUGAUAUAGUAGUUGAGAAGAAAAAAAACCUCUGGUUCCGCCUUUAUAUCCCUACCACCGCCAACACAACCCCAUGUGCAGCUUCUAAUGGUGCUGGUUUGCCAGUUAUUUUCUUCUUCCAUGGUGGUGGCUUUUCCUACUUUGCACCCAAUUCAAAAUUUUACGACGACUUUUGCUAUCGACUUGCUGGUGAACUCUCUGCUUUUAUUAUCUCCGUCAACUAUCGACUAGCUCCAGAGCAUCGUUGUCCAACCCAAUACGAAGAUGGUUUUCAUGUUCUCAAAUUCAUUGACUGCACACAAAUUGAAGGUUUUUCAAGCCAAGCGAAUCUCAAACACUGUUUUCUCGCAGGAGAUAGUGCAGGAGGCAACUUGGCGCAUCAUGUGGCACUUAAAGCAAGUGAACAUGAAUUUUCUAGGAUAGAACUGAUUGGAAACAUAUUGAUCCAACCAUUUUUUGGAGGAGAAGAACGAACAGAAUCUGAGUUGAGGCUCACACGAGCUCCACUUAUUACGACGGAACUUACAGAUUGGAUGUGGAAGACAUUCUUGCCAAAGGGUGACAACCGAGACCAUCGGACGGUGAAUGUUUUCGGGCCCAAUUCGAUUGACAUUUCCAAAUUCAAGUUUCCGAAAACAAUUAUUUUCGUGGGAGGAUAUGAUCCUUUGCAAGAUUGGGAGAGAAGGUACUAUGAAGGGUUGAGGAAAUCCACAAAAGAAGUGUAUUUGGUGGAGUAUCCUAAUGCAAUGCACACAUUUUAUUUUUUUCCUGAGCUGCCUGAGUGCUCUUCAAUGCUAAAGGCAAUAAGAGAUUUUAUGCAGAAGCAAUCAAUAGGGUUGGCCACCGAUCCAGUUCCUGUCAACUUUCGUCGGUUUGAACUGAAACCAGACCAGAACGGUCUGAUUUGAACUAAUUCCAGUUUUAAGUCCGGUUUUAAAGUGGUUUUGGUUCCAGUUUUUUAUAAUUUCAAGUUAAACUCUAGUCAAACACGGUUUGAUCCAAUUCAGGUCUAAUUCUGGUUUGGUCCUGGUUGUUUACUUUUAAUUGUAAAACAAUGUUAGUAUUUGAAAUAUUAUUAGCUUUAAAAAACUAAAUAAAUGAAUAAUUUAUUUGUGAA